GGUAUGUCGGGAGAUCCAGAAGCUUCUCAGCACCUAUCUGAGUCAUUCAGCACACACAGCCUGAGUGCCCCCAGUGACUAAUCAUCUCCUCAACUGCCCAUCCUGCUGUGGGAGGGGUGCUGGCAGAGCCCUAAGCUGGGCUCCUUAACUGCCUUCACACUGGCGGCAUCUGGCUGGGCUGGGCUGAGCUGGGCUGGUAGUGACCUGUGCAUUUCUUACGAGCUCCAGAGACCAGUGUUGUGACCUCCCCUCGGCCAAGCCCUCCCAGCCUCUCCUGAGGAGGCUGCAGUUCAGUUUCAGCAGGGAGAGGGGCUCUGUGCCUUGUCCUUAGGGCUCUGGUCCAGGGUACAAGUGGUUCUAGCUCCUGAUCAGUCUCUGUUCUAAGGCCCUAAGCAGUGGCUUUCAAACAUUGUUACUGUGACCUACAACAUUUACAGUGAGAUCCAGAAGUUGGUUUGUAUCUGUUAUCCCUAAAACAAGUGUUUCAUAAAACACUAUUCUUCGUAAGUGCAGUACAUGCUAUUUUCUGUUCUGUGUAUUUUUUAAAAAGUACUGGCUGUGAUUCACUAACUUGAUUUUACAACUUACCACUAGAUUACUUCUAGUGUUUGGAAAACACGACUCAGAUUCCAGAUCUCCAGAGAUUCUGGCCCGUUGAGAGCCCGGUGUGCGUAUGGGCUGCGUGGCUGGACCCCCUGGGAAGCAGUACACCCUAGAGGUGGGCCUGGCUGCCAGCAGGCCAGAGAGAUGGCCCUGUACCUGUCUGCCAUCCCCUGGGGACUGGAGCCUGUCCUCACUCCCACCCAUCAAGGCUGAGAGCUCUAAGAUGAGGACAUGUGUUGAACAGGGGGAGAGAGUGUCGCUGGUAUGACAGGGACAGGCCCGUACAAGAGUAUGGCCACUCCCAGUAACAUGUGUCAUUGUCCCUUUCCUCUGCCUCCUGCGCCUUGUCUCCAUGAGCAAACAGUGCGCUUCUACCAGCCCAGCCUGUUUAGCAAACAACUGGCCCUGCAAGGCGGUCCAGCUGUGUCCGGGCCCUAUCAAACUGGAGCCGGUGCCCAUCUGGAAGAGAACAGAGGGGAGGGAGGGAAAGGUAGCUUAAAGCUGGUUUUGGCUGGAGCUUGGGGACCUAGAGGCUGGAACUUCAGGGGUAGAGGCUUUGCCAGUGGGCUGCAGGAGUGCCCCUCAGUGGGUAAUGGAGUAGGACCCUUUGUAGCCAAAGGCCUGGCUGGGAUCAAGAUUACAGGAAGCAGCAGCAUUGGGUGGGAGAGGACAGAAGUCUUCCCUUUGCAAGAUUCUGAGGAGAUAAUUGACACGAGUUCAAAUCCUGGCUCCCCUGCUUACUGUGACUCGGGAAAUCAUUUAAUGCCCUAGCCACUGGCCUCAGUUUCUUUGUCUGAAAAAUGGGAUGAUAAUAUCUACCUAAUAGGAUUGUUGCCAACUAUGAAAUGAGGUCUUACGUGGGAGAGUGCCAAGACACUGUGGUAUUAUUCAAAGUUCCAUAAAUGUUAGUUGUCUUCCUUCCUGUUGCCCUAUGGGCUCGUGGUAGCCCCUCUGUGAUACCCCAUUUGAGGCAGUCCAUCCAUCAACAGCCGUUGAGUGAAUAUCUGCUCGGGGCACAGCACUGUGCUCAUCAUCAUGGAGAAGCCAGACCUGUAGGCCAUGGCCAGAAACAUAAGCGAGGGCGUCCAGACAGGAAGGCGCUGAGCACAAGGGCACUCAGAGCUCCCAGCUAGUUGACAGGCAGAGAGUGAUGUGUACAUGGUGAACGCUGGGGGCGUUUGCCUGGGGUCACUGAGUUCUUUCCUUCCCACAUCAGAAGAGGACUUCAUGGGGGAGGAGGAGUUCCCGGAGGUGGGGGACUUCCGAGUGGGUGGAGUUUGGCUGGGAGAGAGGAGGAAUGCGGGCAGGAUGUGAGAGCAGAGGAUGUGGGUGGAACAAUGUGGGGAGUUGAGAAGGCUGGUCUGGCUGGAGCAGAGGCUCUUGUGCGGGGCUGAGGCAGGACCCUGGAAGGAGGGAGCCCAGGGAUGGCAAGUCCUUGAAUUCAAGGCUGGGAGUGGGGAGUACCGUCUGGGCUGUUACUUUUUGUGGCUCUUGUGAGAUGUCAGGGAGGAGGACAGGACUCAGAAAGACAUCUCCUGCCUCUCUCUGGAAAAAGGAGAUAGGCCCCCCUCCCAGCAGUCACCUGCCCUCUGCCAGGUCUCUCCUCCGCUGACGGUCCACGAGGUAGGAACGGUUGAGCUGGUGCAUCCUCGCAGGCUCGCUGUAGGGAUUUGGAGGUCACUCUCCUUAAAACUUGUUUUGAAAGCUUGGAUUCAGUGCCAUUGAUGGUUGCCACUACAAAGCGUGCUUUCUGUUUAGCCUUAUUUGGCCCCCAGGAAGGCAGUUGCUCCUGGAUAGGUUGGUAAAGACCUGCCCAAUGCCAUCUGGUCACCUGCCUUUGCGGACACAGGGAGGAUUCCAGGGGCUCCACGGUUGGGGAGGGCAGAAGCUCCUGUGUCAGGUGUUGAGAGGAAAGGGACUGGGUGCUGACCGCUUCUGGAGGAAAGGAAACUCCCUGCUGGAGUCUUAAUUGCCUGUUUCCAAGGAGUGGUAGCCCUUUCCCUUGGGUAGGGCACACGCCUCCAACAGCUGAAUUAAUAAGGAUGCAGAUUAAUAAGGGGACAAAAACGUGCCCUGACUCGAUUUUAAUGUGAUUUUUGCAUGAGCUUCCAAGCUGAUCAAAGGGUAGAGAUUCUCUGUUCAACUGAACAGAUGUCCUUUGAGUGUUUCCAUGUCCUAGACACUGUGCCAGGCACUGUGGGGCUUGCAGAGGUGGGAGGUGGACAUGAUCAGACCAGAAUUGUCCCUUAGAAACCCAAACAAAGUGGCAGUGAGGGUGAUGGCUCUAUCAUUUGAAAAGAUGGAGCAUAUGACCAUUUCUGAGGGCAUGAGGUGGGGACAGGUAGAGACAGUUGUAGUGGCCCAGGAAGUAGGUGGUAGGCUCUGGUCUAGAAAAGGCAACUGGUCUCAAGGACUGUAGAAGAGAUAUCACAAAGGUCAAGUUCACAGACCACAGGCGUUGGUCUGGGUGAUGGGGAGGAGGGCGAUCACUGGGUGAGGGAAGGAACAUGGGUGGAGAAACAGGUUGUGGGAGGGGUGACUCAGUCUUGCAGAGUGUGUGUGUAUUGGGGGAGGGCUGCCCUGACACCUGGAAGAAACAAGUUAAGACAGGUGAGGACCUGAGACGGGGUUCAGGUCACAAGCCAUUUGGACAAGGUAGAUGACAUCAGCAAGGGAGACAAACAAUGGGUUGGUUUGUCCAUUCACCCAUUUAUUCACUCAUUCAUUCAAAAGCAUAGCUUGAGCCCCUCGUUUGUGACAGCACCUCCCAGGGCUUUUUAAACAGCAGAGUGCCAUGGUCCGACACGUGGCUGGAGGAGAAACUGGGGGCAGGAGAUGGCGCAGGAGAGGAGUCCAGAGCAAGGCUGGGACAAGGGCGAGGGGAAGGCUGUGAAGGUGGCCAUGAAGGCCCGGGCAGUGUCAGGAAGACCAAGGGAAGGUGGUGACAUGAAGGCAAAGAAGGAGAGUGGCGGGAAGAUGUGGCACAAAAAAAAAAACCCUGGCCGAGGGGGGAGAAACAGGCAGUGAUAGCAUCAGAUACUGCAGAGAGAGCAGGAAGGGCUGGAAGGUCAUUGGACCAGCCAAAGAGAAGGUCAGCUGAGCUUUCCAGGAGUGGUCCCAGCUGAGCGGUGGGGGCAUGAGCCGCAGCCAGCUUCGCGGGAAGGAAGAGGACUGAGGGCAGACACUGUUUCGAGAAAUUUGGUAGCACCGGGAAGUGCUGGAGAAGCCUCUGUUCCCAUCCUCCAUCCCUUCGUGUCCUGUUUUUUAACUUUAGAUUAGGAGGAUCUGAACCUGUUUGCAGGCCUAGGGAAGGAGCUGGUAGACAAGGGGAAAGAUGAAAGAGAGAUUAGUUGAUAGGAAAAAGUUCCUCUAGAGUGUGAGGUAUGGGAACCAGCCCUCACUUGGUGACAUUGUUCUGGAAGGUGGCUGGGAAGCUUCUGGGGACAGAAGGGAAGCCUGCGUGACUGAAGUAACUGGAGAGAGGAGGGUGCCUUCCCUGUGGCCCUGUACCUCAUGAAGGAGGGGAGCUCUUGGAAUUCCUGCACUCCCCUAUUGCAGGCUCCUGUCUGACUCCCCACUGCCCACAGCUGGGGCCUUCAGAAGGCUCAGCUGGGGUCUGGGGAGGCCGCCCUUUGAUGGAAGUAAUGCCAGGCCCUUUUCAUAAGGCACCUGCUCAGAUCUUGGAGGCCUGAUGGUUGAAGAAGAGUCAACCACACUACUUUACAGUGGCCGACAGUAACAACUGUAGCCGUGGAGAGCCACAUGGCUUAAGGCGUCAAGACGUCAGUCAUGUUUUUCUGCCUGUGGAAGCAAGUUGAAGUCUGUUCUGUCUGUACAAGGGCACCGUCACUGUGAAUAACUGCAGCUGUAAAGGUCAUCCUCUGGGUUAUUAUCUGUGAGCAAACCAAACCUCAAAUAGGUGUGUCUUUUAUUUUGUUCCUGAGAAACAGUGUCAGCCCAUAAAUGCCUUAACGUGCUUUAUCUACUUGAGUUCAUGUCACAGUCCUAGAAAACUCGGCUCGUUUUUACAAGCAUAAGGGUAGCGUAUACUUUUAUUCAUUCACAAUGUAUUCAGUGACUGCGAAGAACACUCUUGUGAGUAUAUGUGGCAUGUGUCCGUGGCUGGUUUUCACCCAGAAUAAAAGUUUAUAUGAAUGCUCCAAGUAGAGAGAGGAUAAAACAGGGUCCAGGUGAGGUCAGCAGUAGCGGGAGAAGGUUGCAGGUGGGGAGAGAUGGGCGGCUCCUCUGCAUCUUUGUUGUUCAUGUGGGAGAGGGGGGCAGGUGGCCUCCAGAUUUCAGUUUUCUGCCUACAAAUGGCUAGAACCGACAAAUCUAGCUGAUCAGUGUUUCCUAGGGUUUCAAAGGAACGAGGGAAGGGGCUGAUGACGAUAUAAUAGUGAUAAUGUUAACAUUUAUUGAUUUCUUACAGUGUGCACCAGGUACAGUGCCAAGCACUUUGGAUUGUAUUGUCAUUGAAUCCUCGCAGCAAUUCUCCAAGGUAGAUGGUGUCAUCCUCAUCUUAAAGAUGAGAAGGUUCAGAGAGGUUAAUAGAGUGCCCAAGGUCACACAGCAAGAGCAUAGCAGAGCCAGGCCUUGAACCCAGGUCCGGUAGACCUGAGGGCCUGCAUUCAGCCACCAGCUUGGGAUAAGGCCGAGCAGCUGUGCUACUCGGCAGAGGCCCAAGGUGGCUACAAGUAGCCCCAAGGUUAGGGACCUCAAGAGGAGGCCUCUUCCCAGACUGCAGGCUCUCCCCCAGGCAGUUAAGUGGCCAUCUGUCAGGACAACUGAACUCUGUUACCUCCUGAGCCCAGGAGAGCUCAAGCCAGAGUUCUGGCAGCUCUCCCACCGCUUAGACAGGAGCUCAGAUUCUAAGGAGUUGUCCUCUGUUCUCUCUGUCCUCUCUCCCAAGGAGGCAACAGACUGGGCCUGGGUGUCAUGUACAUGGGGAGAGAGUUAAACUGGCCCAUCUGUAAUAAGGCUUGUUUCUUCAGGGGCUCAAGCCCACCCCUCAGUAGAACCAAACUGGACACCCCUCCCUUCUGGAGUGUCUGCUGAGCCAGGCUGGGAGUCCUCGGUGGCCAGAGACAUGAGCCUCGCUGCCCCUUUUCCAAGAUAAGGAACCAGGACAGAUCGCCUCAGAGAGCAGCUAACGUUGUCCAGGGUGUGCGCGGGGGGUGUGAAGUGACUUCACUUUAUUUUUUCGGAUGGGUCUGCAUCACUUAUUCAUAGAGCAACUAUUUUCUAGUCCCUAUGUGCCGGGUCCCAGCACUUCGUAGAAACAGACCCCCCUCAGCCAGGUGUCCGAGCCGCAGCUUCCCGGGGUGCUCCAGAGCUGUGAGGUUCUUUAAGGCCUCUUCCAAGACCGGCUCAGGAGCUACACUGUCAGUGGCUGGAGCUGACGUGCAGAUGCUGCGGGAGAGGCUCAUUGACGCCCUGGAGUCCCAUAAUGACACGUGGCCCUCCGCCUGUCCCCCACUGGAGCCUGCCAGGCUGAAGGAGAUUACUGGAUUCUUUGCAAGAAAUGAUGAAGAUUACCUGGCCCUGAUCUUUGAAAGGGAAGGCUCCUACCUGGGUAGAGAGGUGACUCUGGACCUGUCUCAGCGCCGGGGCGUAGUGGUGCGCAGGGUCCUCAACACACAGCAUGACGUGGUGAACGAGUUUGGUGUCACCAGCUUCCCAUCUUGCUACCUGCUGUUUCGGAAUGGCUCUUCCUUACGGAUCCCCGUGCUUAUGGAAUCCAGGUUCUUCUACACCAUGUACCUGAAGAGGUUCUCCAGGGACACCAGCGAGACUGUCCCCACCCCGACUGCGCCGAACACCUCUAGACCCAUAGCCCCUACCGUGUGGAAAGUUGCAGAUCCCUCCAAGAUCUACAUGGCUGACCUGGAAUCUGCACUGCACUACAUCCUCCAGGUAGAAGUGUCCAAGUUCUCUGUCCUGGAGGGGCAGCGCCUGGUGGCCCUGAAAAAGUUCAUGGCGGUGCUGGCCCAGUACUUCCCUGGCCAGCCCUCGGUCCAGAAAUUCCUGCAUUCCAUGAGUGACUGGCUCAAGAAGCAACAGAGAAAGAAAAUUCCCUACGGUUUCUUUAAAACUGCCCUGGACAGCAGGAAGGAGGGUGCUCUGACUGCCGACAAGGUGAACUGGGUGGGCUGCCAAGGGAGUCAGCCGCACUUCCGCGGCUUUCCCUGCUCCCUGUGGGUCGUCUUCCACUUCCUGACCACGGAGGCAGCUCGGCAAGAUGUAGACCACUCACGAGAAACAGUCAAGGCCCAGGAGAUCCUCCAGGCCAUCCGGGGCUACGUUCGCUUCUUCUUUGGCUGCCGAGCCUGCGCUGGCCACUUUGAGCAGAUGGCCACUGAGUCCGUGCACCAGGUGGGGAACCUGAGCAGCUCCAUCCUCUGGUUCUGGUCUCGCCACAACAAGGUCAACGCUCGCCUCGCAGGUGCUCCCAGCGAGGACCCCGAGUUCCCCAAGGUGCAGUGGCCACCCCGUGAGCUCUGUUCCGCCUGCCACACUGAACUCCAGGGUGCGCCCGUGUGGGACCUGGGCAACACCCUCAAGUUCUUGAAGACCCACUUCUCCCCGAGCAACAUCGUCCUAGACCUUCCUUCGGCUGGCCUGGGCCCCCGGAGGGGUGCAUAGAGGAUGGCAGUCCCCCCAAGCUUGUUUGAAGUCCUCCCUCAUUCUUGCUGAAGCUUCAGUGAUUCCCGCUUGGUGUUGGCCCUAAACUGGGGCAAGUGAGGCUGCAGUCUCCAAGGUUUCCCAUCUCCAGAGGAGGGGCCCCUGGGGCUGGAGUGGACUCCUUACUACAUCCCGGGACUCCGUCCAUCCUGCUACAAAGAGCCCUUUGCACCAGAGAAGGAAGGACUGCCUCUGGCCCUCUGUGCCCGCCCGUCCUCCAGCCCCUCAGACCCUCCUGGGUAGGGUUUGGCUUUACGGUGGGCUUCGGAAGCUUCUGGAAGUCAUGCUGGUCUCCCAGGUGAGGUCUGUGGGAGGAGGGCCUCUGGCCGGCUCCUUCCCAAACCUUGGGUACAGGAAGGGUACAGGCUGGAAUCGGUGUGGUGAUGGUACUGGGCUGGGGGCAGGGGGUGGUUAGGGAGGGCUGUUGGGAUCUCUAGUGCCUUAGCUGUGAGAGGCUGAGAGAAGCGUUCGCUUUGAACAUGCUUUGGCUUCUCCGCAUUGGGCUCCACCCCUCUUGGAGCUGGGUCUUUUGUCUCUUGUUGAUUUUCAUCUCCAAAAUAGAUGCUAAUCUUUACUGUGGAGGGAGGGGAGUGUCAUCCCUCUCAAGGGUCCACCUCCCAUCCUGUAGAGGUUAACAGGGUCAGAGGGGAGGAUGACGCUGUACACAUGCUUGAUCCCCACUCUGCCCCACGGUCGAGGGGGCUCUGGAAUAAAUUAUUUUUGUUAAGGCAA